CUCACCACCAAAUCCAAAAUCAAUUAAAAAAAAAACCACAAAAUUUCUCAUGGGCUUAAAUCACCACUACAAAGUAUUACUACUAGCCCUUUCAAUUCUUUUGCUAUGGCAUUCCACAAAUGCAAGCGAAGCAACCAAAGGCAGAUGGGACACUCUCCUCAACAGCACCGGUGUGGUGGCAAUGCACAUGGCCUUAACCCACCACAACACCGUCGUAAUGUUCGAUCAAACGGGCCAGGGCCCGACGGGCUACCGUCUUCCGGCCCGACGUAACGGGCCCCGCCGUUACGCCCACUCCGUCGAGUACGACCUCUUGAGGAACAGAAUCAGGCCGAUCGAAAUCGAGAGCGACACCUUGUGCUCGUCCGGCUCGAUCCUGAGCAACGGGUCGUUGAUCCAGACGGGCGGGUUUGGGUCCGGUUCGCGGAGGAUCCGUUUCUUCCGGUCGUGCGGGAACGGCCGUUGCGAUUGGAGGGAGGAGCGGAGCCACUUGUCGGAAGAUAGAUGGUUUGCGUCUAAUUUGAGAUUGCCCGAAAACGAUGAUAGGGUUAUUGUCCUCGGUGGGGACAAUGUGUUCUCUUACGAGUUUGUGCCGAAAAGGGUGCCGAAUGAGAGGCCAUUUAACCUACCUUUCUUGCACAACACUUAUGAGAGAAAUGAAGGGGGCAACAAUCUUUACCCUAUUAUCCACCUCGCUUCGGACGGGAAUCUAUUCGUUUUUGCCAACCGGGAUUCGAUUCUUUUGGACUACAAACGAGACAAGGUGGUGAAAACCUACCCGAGAAUUCCCGGGAGAGGUUCUAGAAGCUACCCGAGCAGCGGCUCGUCGGUGAUCCUCCCUUUAUCUCACAAAAAUAACUUCGACGAAGUCGAAGUCAUGAUCUGCGGUGGUGCCGCCUACGGCGCGUUGGCGGCCGCCCAACGGGGAAAUUUCUUGGCCGCCAAGAGAACGUGCGGGAGGAUGGUGAUCACGGGGCACCACCACCGGUGGGAGAUGGAGAGCAUGCCGGGCCCACGUGUGAUGAACGACAUGAUCGUUCUACCCAACGGGAAUAUCCUCAUCAUUAACGGGGCGAGGCAUGGGUGCUCCGGAUCGAAUUACGGGUCGAACCCUUCUCUCGUACCCUAUCUAUACAAGCCGAAGAGGCCUACGGGGAGCCGGUUUACAACCCUAGCAUCGACGAGGAUUGCUAGAAUGUACCACUCGUCGGCCGUUCUUUUGCCGGACGGGAGGGUUCUCGUCGCCGGGAGUAACCCUAAUCACCAGUACGCCUUCGGGGGCGUUCCACACCCGACGGAGCUCCGUCUGCAGGCGUUCUCGCCUGCGAACAUGGCGAGGGACUUCGAUCACCGCAGGGCCCGCAACGUGACGGUAAAGGGGCGGCGGAACGAAGAGUGGGUAGGGUACGGGGAGGAGUUCGAUGUCGAGUUCUCGUUGAACGAGAAGGUGAGGAGAAACAAUAACGAUGAUCAAGUGGUGUUCACUGCAUACGCGCCGCCGUUCAACACGCAUGGAAUGUCCAUGAACCAGAGGCUGCUUGUACUCAGGUGCAAUAAGUUGGUGAGGGGUGACGGUGGUUUGUGGAGGGCCAAUGUGGUGGCGCCGCCGUCUUCCAAGGUGGCGCCGGCUGGGUAUUAUAUGAUUACUGUUGUUAACGGUGGGAUCCCUAGUAGGUCCCACUGGAUUAGGUUUAUACAUGUUUGAGAGGGAAAACACACCAAAUAACACACACACACACGCUGUGCUUUGUUUGUCACGUGUGAGAGAGGAACAACCUUAAUUAGGAAUAAUGAAUUGGAAUAAAUGCGGUUAUUGUGUUUACUAUUCA